GCGCUCUGCCCGCCCGCCCGCCUGGCUCCCUCAGAGACCGCCUGCGGGCACGCGGAGCCGGCUGCCCGGAGCGCUCCGCCGGUCCGCCAGGCCUCGAUUUAAAUGUAACAGUGGAUACCUAUAUGUCUUUCUAAGCUCCAUUACUGCAGCAAGCCCCAAAGCUAUAAUGUGGCGCUCAUCCUUUUUGAGAGGUGAACAUUACUGAAUGGAGAUGGCUGAUGGAAGUGGGAAGACUGUUCCAGGCCAAGUAUACAUUGAAGUGGAGUAUGACUAUGCGUACGAAGCAAAGGGCAGAAGGGUGGUGAUAAAACAAGGGGAACGCUACAUCUUGGUGAAAAAGACCAAUGACGACUGGUGGCAAGUCAAACCGGAUGAGAAUUCCAGAGCCUUUUACGUGCCGGCCCAGUAUGUGAGGGAGCUCACCCGCAGAGCCCUGAUGCCGCCUGUGAAGCAGGCCGCCGGACUGCCAAACAGUUCUGUGAAAACGAUCCAGAGUCUGCAUCUUCAGAGAUCCACAGAGAAUGUGAACAAACUGCCUGAGCUUUCGAGUUUCGGAAAGCCCUCACCGUCUGCUCAGGGAACAGGUCUCAUUCGUGAUGCCAAUCAGAAUUUUGGACCCAGCUGUAAUCCAGGUCAAAUUCUCACCCUAAGCCUGGACAUGACCCACAACAACGGAAAGUUGAACAGUGACUCACACUCUCCCAAAGUUUCCAGCCAGAACAGGACGCGCUUACUUGGUCACUUUCCUGGUCAGGAGUUCUUGGACGUAGAGAAAACUAGCUUCUCCCAGGAGUCGUGCGAUUCAGCAGGAGAAAGCUCAGAGAGAUUACAUCAAGAUUCUGAAUCUGGAGACGAGCUUAGCAGCAGCUCCACCGAACAGAUAAGGGCAAAUACACCUCCAAAUCAAGGAAGGCCAGAUUCUCCUGUGUAUGCCAACCUACAAGAACUGAAAAUAUCCCAGUCUGCUCUGCCUCCCCUUCCUGGGAGUCCAGCAGUUCAGAUUAAUGGAGAGUGGGAAACGCAUACAGAUAGUUCAGGGCGUUGUUACUACUAUAACCGAGGGACACAGGAAAGGACUUGGAAACCACCCCGAUGGACCCGGGAUGCAAGCAUGAGCAAAGAUUUCCACAGUCAAGGAGAUCCAGAGCUUCUUUCAUCAGAAGAAAACUACCACAGCAUUUGUUACAGCCAGUCAGAUAGUCAGUGUGGUUCUCCUCCAAGGGGUUGGUCAGAAGAGUUGGAUGAACAUGGGCAUACCUUAUAUACCAGUGACUAUACUAAUGAAAAGUGGCUCAAGCAUGUCGAUGACCAAGGUAGACAGUACUACUACAGCGCGGACGGAUCUCGGUCUGAGUGGGAGCUGCCGAAGUAUAAUGCUGCAUCCCAGCAGCAAAGAGAAAUAAUUAAAAGUAGGAGCCUGGACAGGCGGCUGCAAGAACCAAUAGUAUUAACAAAGUGGAGACAUAGCACCAUUGUAUUGGACACCAAUGACAAGGAAUCUCCAACUGCCUCAAAACCCUGCUCUCCUGAAAAUGAAUCUUCUCCCUCUUCACCAAAGCACCAAGACCCAGGUCAAGAGAAGUAUGGAUUGUUAAAUGUAACAAAAAUUACUGAAAAUGGGAAGAAGGUCCGAAAGAGCUGGCUGUCUUCCUGGGCAGUGUUGCAGGGCUCGUCUUUACUUUUUACUAAAACUCAAGGAAGCAGUACAAGUUGGUUUGGGAGUAAUCAGUCCAAGCCAGAGUUCACAGUGGACCUCAAAGGGGCAGCAAUCGAGAUGGCCUCAAAGGACAAAUCCAGCAAGAAGAAUGUAUUUGAGCUGAGAACUCGCCAGGGCACAGAACUGCUAAUUCAGUCUGAUAAUGAUGCCAUCAUUAGUGAUUGGUUUAAAGUUCUUAGCAGUACCAUCAGUAACCAGGCAGUAGAAACUGAUGAAGCAAUGGAAGAGGAGAUACCAGAUUCACCAGGAAUAGAAAAGCAGGAUAAAGAAAAGGACCAGAAGGAUCUUAAAAAACUUCGUUCUAUGAAAGUAUCUAGCAUAGAUUCUUCAGAACAGAAAAAAACCAAGAAGAACUUAAAGAAGUUUCUUACACGACGCCCCACUUUGCAGGCUGUGCGUGAAAAAGGUUAUAUUAAAGAUCAAGUAUUUGGAGCCAAUCUUGCUGAUUUGUGUCAGAGAGAGAAUGGCACAGUGCCAGAAUUUGUGAGGCUGUGCAUCGCGCAUGUUGAACAACAGGGUUUGGGUGUCGACGGGAUCUACAGAGUAAGCGGCAACCUCGCUGUGAUCCAGAAGCUGAGGUUUGCAGUCAACCAUGAUGAGAAAUUGGAUUUGAAUGACAGCAAAUGGGAAGACAUUCACGUCAUCACUGGAGCACUCAAAAUGUUUUUUCGAGAGUUGCCAGAGUCUCUAUUUACAUUUAAUCAUUUUAAUGACUUUGUUAAUGCAAUUAAACAAGAACCAAGACAGCGCGUUGCUGCUGUUAAGGAUAUAAUCAGACAGCUGCCAAAACCAAAUCAAGAUACAAUGCAGGUUCUUUUUAGACAUCUCAAAAGAGUUAUAGAAAAUGGAGAAAAAAACCGAAUGACCUAUCAGAGUAUAGCAAUUGUUUUUGGUCCCACUCUAUUAAAGCCAGAAAAAGAGACUGGUAAUAUAGCAGUUCAUACUGUUUACCAAAAUCAGAUUGUAGAAUUAAUUCUUCUGGAAUUAAGUUCCAUCUUCGGACGUUGAUUUUUAUGGAAGAUAACCUGUGGGAUAGAAGCUGGAUUCCAUCAGAUUUCAGAUCUUUAUACACAAUGUGUUUUAUUUUUGGACCAAACAGUGGCUCUUUUGAUUUGCACUUUUUGAGGGGUCAGAAGGGAAGGGAGCGUGAAGAUGCCUGUUAGGUCCUCAUGUUUGCUGCUUUCUUGCGAGGUGAUGAAACUGUGUAAUUUUAGAUUCAUUUUAUCAUGAAUGUUUGUAUUUCAUACUCUGAAUUUCAGUAAAAAUCAAAACUUAGAAUUCUAACCAGUCAUAUACACUGGAUAAUUUGGUAAGAAAAAGUACAUUUUCCCCCCUCAAACUGGAUAAUGAAUUUCUUCUCGUGAUCUGUAAGUUCUUCAUUUGGUGGAACAAUACUUACUAUCAUUUAUUUUGAAAACACUCUUGGGCAUUUAAAACAAAAUGAAGUAUAUCCUCUUUGAAACCUGUGUGUCUCUUUUUCAGGGCUUUGCAUGCAGUGGCAGCGUAAGUGCUAGAUCCAUAGCAACCUAACCAUGACCCUUGGCGAGGCUUGCUGCUGCUCACUGUAGUGCACAGCAUCCUCACUGGAUAUCGUAGCUGCUUGUUUGUGCAGCACACUAACCCUACUUAAAACACUGUGAUUUACUGGGGUUCUAGUUAGCUAGCUCAGUUCAGGGUACUGUUGAGCUGUCUUGCUAUACAGAAUUGUAGCUAACAGUCCUAAUUAUAUCUAGUGCCAUAUCGAGUUCUUGGUAUGACCCUGUGGAAACAGACAUUUGAUGUAAAUAUGGGCUAAGGACUUCAUGUUCUUUGGCUUGUGUAUAUAAUUGUGUUGUAUAGUCUCAGAGUACAUUCUUACCCUACAUUUCUAACCAUGAUAUUGGUAAUCUUUUCCAUGAAUAUGAGGUCUCCUCCAGACGUGGGCCAUUCCUUAGGAAAGUUAACAGUGUACACUUUUAGAUUUUAAUUACAUCUACAGACAGAUUACUGCAAUGCAAAUGGUACUGGAAAAAUACUGAAUAAACUUGCUAAAUGGUAAAUGCACUACAAGAGGAACCUUUUAGAUAAUUUAAUACGUACAGAAUACAUUAGAAAAAAUUUAUUAGAGGAUCCUAAUUCUCCAGUCUGAAUAGUAGAAACCAUGUGUAAAUUAGAUGGGUGCCAGAUGGGAAAUGACAUUGCUAAAUUUAAGAGUUUCUUUUUACAUUACUAAUGUAGAUUGAUUUGUAUAAUACAGAGUUUGGAAGGUUUUGUUACAGGGAGCAUGGUCUGUUGAAAAUUUUUUUAAUUGUAUUUUUCUAGAUUAACUGCUGUAUAUGAAAUGUCUAAUCUAAUAAAGAAAACUAUAAGAGGUUUAGAGAUUUUUCCAUUGGAAAUGUGCAUUUUGGUUUUAAAUUUUUUUGUUGUUUUUCAUUUACUGUCAUAUUCGUAUACCUCAUCUAAAAAAUCCACUGAAUCCAGUAUUUCCUGUGGCAUAUAAUGCUUUCCUCAUUUUACAGCUUUCUUGUUCCUUUCCAUGCUGACACCUCUCUGUACCCAACACAUGUUUUAUUUCUUCAUCCAUAUUUGGAAGUGCAUGAUUUGACCAAUAUUCGCUUUCCUUAGAUUACACUUAAAAUUUACAGAUUGUCUUCCUUGGGGACUUUUUUUCUGGGCUAGGGGUGGGGGAAAUAACCUGUCUAAAACUUCUCCCCGUAGUCGUGUGGUGAAAAAUACUGUAUUUGUUGUGAUCUGGUUAAACGGAUAACCAACCAAACUACUUGACAGCCAAAGCAGAUUGUUUUGGGUGGAGAGAGAGUGUCCCAAAUCAGAAUGUAUAUGCCUAAAGAGGUCAUUAUUAACACAGUAUGCUGUAGGGCUGGUUUACAUCUCAAAUUUUAUACCAGGAAAACAGGCUCAGAUCUGUGAUCUGUGAUGUUUUCUUAGUGGUCAUGAACAUAUCAAGGAUAAAAAAAUUGUCCCGUGUUUCUUGUUUCAAAGUGCAUAUGUGUGUUAUGUGAAGUCUUAAAUGUUUGAUUAGUCCACAGCUAAUCAUUUUAUUGUAAUAUUAUGUGUACAAUGAGAUCAGUGUUUUGUGUUUUCAUUCUUUGUGAAUUAAAAAUUCUCACUUGUUUUUGUAAUAACAAACCAGUAAUAUUUUCCUAUCUUGACAGCCUGAUUUUUUUUAGUAGAAAAUACAUUAAAAGAUAAAAUAAUUUA